UGGCAGUCAGACCUUUCCCCUGUAGGAUAGUAUAUAAGGAGGACCUGCCCUGUGUAAGUAUAACAAGGGACUCAAUACAGCAACCAUGGGCAAGAUCAUCUUCUACGAGGACAGGAACUUCGGUGGCCGCUUCCAUGAGUGCAUGAGCGACUGCUCUGACCUGCACUCCUACUUCAACCGCUGCCACUCCAUCCGGGUGGAGAGCGGCUGCUUCAUGAUCUACGAGCGCCCCAACUACAUGGGCCACCAGUACUUCCUGAGGAGGGGAGAGUACUCUGACUACCAGCAAAUGAUGGGAAUGACCGACUGCGUCAGGUCCUGCCGCAUGGUCCCUAUGUAUCAAGGGUCCUUCCGGAUGAGGAUGUACGAGCGCCCUGACAUGGGAGGCCAGAUGAUGGAUCUGAUGGACGACUGCCCCAACUUCAUGGACCGCUUCCACAUGUCCGACAUCCAUUCCUGUAAUGUGAUGGAAGGCCACUGGCUGUUCUAUGACCAGCCCCACUACAGAGGCCGGAUGUACUACAUGAGGCCUGGAGAGUACCGGAGGUACAGUGACUGGGGCGGGAUGAGCUCCAAGAUCGGGUCCAUCAGACGCAUCAUGGACCACUACUAAAGGGACCUUCCUUGUGCAAUGCUUGCUAUUUACCUUUUUUCACACACUGAAUAAAAUGGGAUCUGUCCUGAA